AUGAAAACCAGUACUAUUCUCGCGUGCUGGGUGUCAGCUGCAUCUGCCGCCUUCGACUUGAAUCGUGGGGGUGCAGUACUCAAAGCGCCUCAAGACGACUCGUUUGCCAGCGUAACAGGCACUUUCACAGUACCGAACUUAUCGGGUAGCAACCGACUCUCGAUCUGGGUCGGCAUUGGGGACACACUUGAACAGGAGAACGUACUCGGUGGUGGCAUCGUGUACAACAGUACGCUCAGAAGCUUCUCUGCAUACUUCCCCGGUCCAGUGACAGAUACCACUUCGACGGUUCCUGUUGCCAACGGUAACUCUAUCACCGUGACAGUCAGCGUGGCUACUGCAGGGGGUACUGUGACGAUUGAGAACAAGACGCAGAACAAGAGGACAACACAAACACUCGCAGCUCCGAAUGGCGUGGAUCCGUCCUCUCUGACUGCGCUGGCGGCAAACUGGUUCGUGCAGGCAUACCAGGUGAUCCCAGGCCAGCUUGUAGCUACACCAAAUUUUGGAACAGUAUCGUUUACUGCAGUUUCGGCGACUACGAAGAGCGGCACGAAUGUCCCGCUCUCCGGCGCAGGUCGAUAUGAGAUACAAGGAACGAGUGGACAGAUGUACUCGAAGACAACAGUAUCGAACACUGGUAUUUCUGUGCAGAGACAGGCGUAG